AUGAUUCAGCCGAAGAAGAAGAAUGGAAUCACGAUGCUGCUACAGCCAACGGUGGGAGAAAGAGAUCUUACAGUGAGCGUCAAGAAGAUGACGAUGAUAAUGAUUUGGGUGAAUCCAAUGAUUUGCCAGACGAGGGGUGUAAUGAAGAAAACAAAACUGAUGACAAUGAGGAAUGUAAUGCUGAUGAAACUUUUGAAGGCGGUGAUGAUGCAGAUCCCAAUCAGUCGAAAGAGGAACUAUUCGAGAGGGAAGAUCUGCCAGAUGUUGCGGAUAUUAAAUCUGAGAGCAUGGACAGUUUUGAAUCAGAUGAAAUUAAAGAUGUGCGUAGUAUUUUAUCAGUUAUUUGAUGCAAGGCGCGUGGCGCGCGGCGGCGGCGACGUGUUGCAAAGCCUCGGCGAUGGUAUCGGGGGCUCCUUCAUCUCGCCGCGGCCUACCGCCGCCGUCGCCGCCGCCUCACAACACUCGUGGAUCUCACCACUUUGCUAA